AGUCCAUCGCUUAAUAUUUUAAUGGGAAUUAAAAUUCAUAUGAAACUAUUAACAAUAAAUAUAAAUCACAGACGUAUUAUACAUAUGGAUUCCAGUUCGAAUCUUCAGGUGUCAUGUAAUUUAAUACAAGUAAAACGACGUCGACAACCCACCAAAUACCCAGCCCUCCAACGGUAAGUAACUUCCCAACGGCAGUCCCCGUUUGACCUAAACAGAACCUAUCCAUCCCUAAAAACCCCAACAGGAUGCUGUACAACAAGGUAGUAGUAAAGUAUUGAUUAGAAUACUUAAUACAAGGAACUCCGUCUCUCAAGAAUGUUCUAUUUCCGUAACAUUCGAUAUUGGGCAGAGCGCUGCAUACAACUUUGGCCUUUUCCACUUCGUGAUAUUUCAUUCCUCCGAACUUUAAACAGCCGUGCUCCAUCUCACGCUGGGCAGUCGCGUUUCCUUUGUGAUCUACGGGGUCUUGGCAAUCUAUAAACUCGAACGGAAGAAAGCUGCAUUUAACCAACGGACUUUGGGGAUUGAAGGGUUGUUCGGAUACCACAUAGUGGAUAAUAACACUUAAAGAACAUACAAUUAAAAAACUUCGUAACAUUUUUGAUGCAGAAAUUGAUGUGGUUUUCUGCUCAUUACAAAAAUAGCUUCAAGUUUUUCUUUUUGGACAUUUAAUAUUAGAUUUUUUUUUCCAUAAAAUAAUUUAAAGGUUAUGGUAAAUGUCAAAUUCUUAAUCUCUAUAACUCUUCUUUUUCAAAUUUUAUUGAACAACUUUAUGUCAAACGUCAAAAAUUCAAGGUUAUGUUUCUAGCUUUGUUUACGUUCUGUUUAUAAAAUCUAAAAACUAUUUUAAAUAUCAAUUUUCAAAUAGUAUUAUAUUAAUCCCGCUGUUCGUAAGGAACUUAAGUGACGAGUUUAUUUUCUAUGAGAAUUUGUAUUAGGUCGUUUUUGCACGUAUAAAGUGCAGUGUUCUAUUUUAACAGGAAAUAUAAUGACAUGUUUGAUGAUGGACUACGAAUUUAAAAUGAAAACCCAGACUGAGAGGGUAAAGGUUGAGGAUCUCUUUGACUACGAAGGAUGUAAAGUCGGUAGAGGCACCUACGGGCACGUGUACAAAGGUAGAAGAAAAGAUGGAUCGGAUAGUAAGGAUUAUGCGCUGAAGCAAAUCGAAGGAACUGGUUUGUCUAUGUCUGCUUGCCGGGAAAUAGCACUGUUGAGGGAGCUAAAGCACAACAACGUUAUUAAUUUAAUCAGAGUGUUUUUAUCUCAUAACGACAGGAAGGUUUGGCUUCUAUUUGAUUUUGCGGAACAUGAUUUGUGGCAUAUAAUUAAGUUCCAUCGAGCUGCAAAAGCCAGUAAGAAACCUGUUAUGGUACCUAAAGGAAUGGUGAAAUCAUUGCUGUAUCAAAUACUUGAUGGCAUUCAUUAUCUCCACUCCAAUUGGGUCCUGCAUAGGGACUUAAAGCCUGCAAAUAUUCUGGUAAUGGGAGAGGGUCCUGAAAGAGGAAGAGUCAAAAUAGCGGACAUGGGUUUCGCUCGACUUUUUAAUGCUCCUUUGAAACCCUUGGCUGAUUUGGACCCGGUUGUGGUCACAUUUUGGUACCGAGCUCCUGAACUGUUGUUAGGCGCUCGACAUUACACUAAAGCUAUUGAUAUUUGGGCAAUAGGAUGUAUUUUUGCUGAGCUACUAACUUCUGAACCAAUCUUCCAUUGCCGUCAAGAAGAUAUUAAAACGAGCAAUCCUUAUCACCAUGAUCAAUUGGAUAGAAUUUUUAAUGUUAUGGGAUUUCCGCACGAAAAAGACUGGGAAGAUAUUAAAAAGAUGCCUGAACAUCCCACGUUACUGAAAGAUUUCAAAAAGGCAAAUUACGUUAAUUGUUCAUUAAUUAAAUAUAUGGAUAGGCAUAAGAUUAAGCCAGAUAGUAAAGCUUUCCAUUUACUUCAAAAACUCCUGCUAAUGGAUCCGAAUAAAAGAAUCACAUCUGAACAAGCCAUGCAAGAUCCUUAUUUCGCAGAGGAUCCAUUGCCUACUCAAGACGUUUUUGCUGGUUGCCCUAUUCCAUAUCCAAAAAGAGAGUUUCUAACAGACGACGAUCAGGACGAAAAAUCUGAUACCAAAAGGCAAAAUCAACAGCAACAGCAGCAACAACAACAAACCCAACAGCAACAGCAGCAGCCUUCUCAACAACAACAGUCCAAUCAACAAGACAGCCACAAUUCCGCCAAAAGAGUCAGGCUAUCAGGUCCUCAAGGGCAUCCUGGUCAAGUUAAUCAGCAGCAAAUACCUAUCUCACAGCAGCAGGAAUUCCAUCAGCAGCAAAUGAUGUAUAAUAAUGGCUCGCAGCAACAGCAACAGAAUUUCCAACAAAGAUUUUAGAUUUUAAUCCUUCUAUAAUGGUAUUUUAAUAUUUAUGUAUUUUAAGUGUUUUAAUAAUAAGAAAACUUUUUAAAUUUGUACUUGCUUUCGUGGAAAUUAUAUGAACAACACGAUAUUAAGGCGAGAAAAAUAUAUUUAUAAAUCUGCAGAAGCACUUUUUCUAAAGAGAAUAAAUUAAAUAUUGUUAUACAAUACAGUAGAUGCAUGUUAUUAUCAAUGAGAUUGAGCAAUAUCCGAAAAAAAUGUCAAAAUAUCAUCUAUUGUAAACUCUAGGCAUAUCAUUGAACCUGGAUAGCAUUGAUGAAUUAAAUCUUCCAAUGUUUUAUACUGUCUAAUAAAUUCUUCUUGCAUCGCUCUCCAUACUACUUGUAACAGGUUUUCUUCUUCUGACAAAUGCUUUUCCACUUUUUUAUACAAUGCUUCCAAACCUUUCUUCACCUGAAAUUAUUCAACAAAAUCGUAAUACU